CCAUGGUUGGACUAAAACCUUCAGAGGUACCUCCCACCACAGCUGUGAAAUUCCUGGGGGCAGGCACAGCGGCCUGUUUUGCUGAUCUCCUCACCUUUCCACUGGACACAGCCAAGGUUCGCCUGCAGAUCCAGGGGGAGAACCAGGCCACCCAGGCAGCCCAGAGACCCCAGUACCGCGGCGUGCUGGGCACCAUCCUGACCAUGGUGCGCACCGAGGGCCCCCGCAGCCCCUACAACGGGCUGGUCGCCGGCCUCCACCGCCAGAUGAGCUUUGCCUCCAUCCGCAUUGGCCUCUACGACUCUGUCAAGCAGUUCUACACCCCCAAAGGAUCAGACCACUCGAGCAUCACUACCCGGAUUUUGGCAGGCUGCACCACAGGGGCCAUGGCAGUCUCAUGCGCCCAGCCCACGGAUGUGGUAAAGAUCCGGUUUCAGGCCAGCAUACACCUGGGGGCCGGGAGCAACAGGAAAUACAGUGGGACAAUGGAUGCCUACAGGACCAUCGCCAGGGAGGAAGGGGUCAGGGGCCUGUGGAAAGGAACUUGGCCCAACAUCACAAGGAAUGCCAUUGUCAACUGUGCUGAGAUAGUAACCUAUGACAUCAUCAAGGAGAAGCUGCUAGACUAUCACCUGCUCACUGACAAUUUCCCCUGCCACUUCAUCUCUGCCUUUGGAGCCGGCUUCUGUGCCACAGUGGUGGCCUCCCCAGUGGACGUGGUGAAGACCCGGUACAUGAACUCGCCUCCAGGCCAAUAUCGCAGCCCCCUGGACUGUAUGCUGAAGUUGGUGAUCCAUGAGGGCCCCACAGCCUUCUAUAAGGGAUUUACACCAUCCUUUUUGCGUUUGGGAACCUGGAACGUGGUGAUGUUCGUGACCUAUGAGCAACUGAAACGGGCCUUCAUGAAAGUCCAGGUGCUACGGGAAUCUCCAUUCUGAAUAAAGCAUGGCCACUGGGUACUUAACUGGAACAAGAACCAGUGGGCCCAGGCACACACAAACCCACACAUGUUUACAGAACUGUUUACUUGCUGCUGAGUCAAGAAAUAGAAGAAGAGGAAAGAUUCUGGUCUUCCGUGCUUUGUCUUAAGAACAUAUUUGUUUUGUGCUGACAAGAUGGAAAUUAAAUUAUAUUAAUUUGGGGGACCCAUGAUGUUGGAUGCCUAACAUUUAGGCAAGAGAAAAUAAACCAAAACAUCCAUUUGGAUAAAGCAAAAGUUUGCAAACCUAUGUUCUCUACAAAAACAAUCUGAUUAGAUGGUAAGUUGUAAACAGGAAAGACUGUGAGCAUGGGACAGCAGUGGCACACGAUACUUGGAAAUCAGCUAAGGAGUUUGGAGGGACGCUGCCAAAGCAACAUAGCUGUGACUGUAGCCUUUGGCUAACCGUGGAUCAUCAGCCAUAUGUGUAAUGUGCCUGCUAUUUCGAAGCCAUUGGGAUUCUAGAAAAUAUGAGACCCAAAAAAAAAAAAAA